AGAUCAGUCUGUCACAGCCUCCACUCCGGAGAGCAUUCCGCCGUCCGUGUCCUAUUUCGCUUUGCUGAACAGAUUCGGAGGUCUGGAUUGUUCAUGUGCACUGAAUCUGCGUGUGAUUUCAGUUUGGUGCGUGGGAAGUGAAAAAUUGAGGUUUGAUUGCGAUGGAGAAGGAGAGGAAGAAGUAUCCGACUGGAGCAGAGCAUUACACUCUGUAUGAAGAGGUGGGGACAGGAGUCAGUGCUUCGGUUUAUCGUGCAUUGUGCAAUACCAUUAAUGAGAUCGUUGCGAUCAAAAUUCUCGACUUUGAACGCAAUAAUAGCGAUCUGAAUAGCAUUUCAAGGGAAGCACAAACCAUGAUCCUUGUUGACCAUCCCAAUGUUCUUAAAUCACUCUGUUCAUUCAUUAGUGAUCAUAAUUUGUGGGUUGUGAUGCCUUACAUGGCUGGCGGUUCGUGCUUGCAUAUUCUGAAAGUGGCACAUCCAGAUGGUUUUGAGGAAGUUGUGAUCGCUACAAUUCUUCGUGAGGUGUUGAAGGGAUUGGAAUAUCUUCAUGAACACGGCCAUAUUCAUCGGGAUGUCAAAGCUGGUAACAUUCUUAUCGAUUCACGAGGUGGAAUCAAGUUGGGUGAUUUUGGUGUUUCUGCCUACUUGUUUGAUUCUGGUGAUAGGCAACGGAUGAGAAAUACAUUUGUGGGUACUCCUUGCUGGAUGGCUCCAGAGGUUAUGGAGCAAUCGCAUGGUUAUGACUUCAAAGCUGAUAUUUGGUCUUUUGGCAUAACUGCCUUAGAGCUUGCACAUGGUCAUGCUCCAUUCUCAAAAUAUCCUCCAAUGAAGGUAUUGCUUAUGACAUUGCAACAUGCACCCCCUAGCCUUGAUUACGAAAGAGACAAGAAAUUUUCAAAGUCCUUUAAGCAGAUGAUUGCGAGUUGUUUGGUAAAAGAACCUUCAAAAAGGCCUUCUGCAAGCAAAUUGCUAAAGCAUUCAUUUUUUAAGCAAGCCAGAUCAAACGACUAUAUUGUUAGGCAUCUUCUGGAAGGACUGCCGGGUCUUGGAGAUCGUGUUAAGGCAUUAAAGGUAAAGGAGCAAGACAUGCUUGCACAAAAGAAAAUACCAGAUGGGGAGAAGGAGGAAAUAUCUCAGAAUGAAUAUAAACGUGGGAUUAGUCACUGGGAUUUUGAUCUUGAUGAUCUGAAGGCUCAAGCUGCAAUGAUCCAGGAUGAUGAUUCUGUAGUGGAAAAGGAUGAAGAUACACCAACCAAACGAAUUCAACGCGAAUUAUACUUUGCAAGACAAUGUUCAUUUGGUUUAUCUGAUGAUAAUGCUCCAACUUCUAACUCAUCCGUAAACUCUUCAAGUAACAUAGCUGAGUGUGAAAAGCUCAAUGAUAGUGCAAGUAUUACUACUUCAACCAGUGGACAACAGACAACACAUAUGGUUCAUAGCAGUAAAUAUAAGGCAGGAAAUUGUUCCGUGGAAAAUUUUGCGUCAGAGUUAAACAGGGGACUUUCAGGAGUUCACUCAAACACUAAUCAGAGCCCUAUUAAAGCGUCAAGUAUUGCAGAAGUACACAACAAAGUGUCGAAACCAUCAGUUAAUGGCCAUGAAGUCGAUGAGAAAGUAAAGACUCAGGUUGUUCAACAAAAAGGACGGUUCAAGGUUACAUCAGGAAACGUUGAAGCACUGGAAAAGACAAUUCCAUCUCUAAUAAUACCGAAGACACAUAGCAUGCAGGUGACUUCUGAGACUCCAGUUUCGGCACCGGUUCCUACUAUUCUAGCUCCCGCUUCUGCUCCAGUUUCCGCAGUUUCAUCACCAUUGUGUCUUGGUUCCACCCCGUCAAAUUCUUGUAGCACUUGCAUUCUUCCAACUUUAAAUUCUAUUCUUCAGGCAAACAUUGCUCAAAGGGAAAAUAUUCUUAAAGUAAUGAAGCAGAUAUCCGUUGGUACUUCCUCAGGGAGUCUGCCAACAAAUUCAACGAUGGAGAAAUCAGCGCUAGAGAUAGCUCAUGACCGGGAAAAGGAGUUGAUCAACGAGUUAACUGAUUUGCGGUUAAGGUUCGUUCGCACACAAGAAGAGCUCCAAAAAUACAAGAAUGAGAAAGCACGGGAGAACAACUCUUGAAUUACAAACGGACAUAUUUGAGAACUAAGCACGGACCCAUCAAAAUUGGCGAAGAAGGAGGAGGAAAAAGGAAAGAAGUUCGAGAAAAAAAAGAGAAAAGAGAAGAAAGUGUCCGGUACGCAUGCG